ACGCUUGUUAUCGCGCAUGCGCGUUCCUUGGCCACUACAGGAAGCGAAUUAUGACGGGAGCAGAGUCACGACAACAAAUAAAGUUGUAAAAGCGACAACAAAAGGACGUAGCUAAACUCCGGGAAGUUGCAGGGAAUCCGUCAGAAAAGGAAUGGACAUGCUGGAUCCAAAUGUAGUAGAGGUGGAAGAAACCAGAUGUCGUCAUGACAACGGCGAAGUUGCCAACAACAACAACAACAACACUCGCAGCAAGACGGUGAGUCCAGCCCCCGGAGAACAUCCUCUCCAGUACAACUACACAUUUUGGUACAGCCGAAGAAGUCGUCCUACGAGCACGCAGAAUUAUGAACAAAACAUCCGACGGAUAGGCACUGUGGCGUCGGUGGAACAGUUCUGGAAGUUCUACAGUCAUCUGUUGCGUCCAGGAGACCUGACUGGACCCAGUGACUUCCAUCUGUUUAAGGAGGGCAUCAAACCUAUGUGGGAGGACGAGUGUAACCGCAGCGGGGGCAAGUGGAUCAUCCGGCUUCGGAAAGGUCUUGCGAGCCGAUUCUGGGAGAACAUCAUUCUCGCCAUGGUGGGGGAGCAGUUCAUGGUGGGGGAGGAAAUUUGCGGUGCCGUCGUAUCGAUACGCUUCCAGGAGGACUUCCUUUCAAUCUGGAACAGGACAUCCAACGAUCAAACCACCACGGCCAGAAUCAGAGACACUUUAAGACGGGUUCUCAACCUUCCUGCCAGCACCAUCAUGGAGUACAAGACCCACAAUGACAGCCUCAGGGACAACUCGAGCUUCAGAAACAUGAAGAUUUCCCACUGACGGUUGUCCCUGCUGGCUGUCCUGUCCCAUGCUGGAACGGACUGCCCCUCAUCAUGACCUUGUCUUGAGUUUUUAGCAGUUGAUUGAUUGAUUGGGUGUGUGUGUGUUUGUGUGUGUGUGUGUGUGUGAUGGCACAAAGAACUGAUUAAACCCAGUGGAAGUAAUUUAA